GGGUCAGGGUAGAAGGAGAAGCGGCUUAAAGGGGAUACGAGGUUCGGAAGUAGCAGCGGCGGCGGAAAGGGUGGUUCCAAAUUUGGGUCUGCUAAGAAAGGGUUUGGGGGGAAGGCAGGGAAGGAUCAUGAUGGUGAAGUUAAGGAGAUGUGGGAUACCAUUGCUGGUGGAGAUUCUGAGGAUGAUCAAGAGGGUGUCAGAAAUUUGGAUGAUGACAACUUCAUAGAUGACACUGGAGUGGAACCUGGUUUCUAUGGUAACUACAAUGAACCAAGCUCUCCUGGUGAAGCGCCUCAGGCAGAGGAAGGCGAAGAAGAUGAUGAAAUCAAUGAUCUUUUUAAGAUGGGUAAGAAAAAGAACGAAAGAAGUCCUGCAGAAAUAGCUUUAUUAGUUGAGAAUGUCGUGGCUGAGCUUGAGGUUACAGCUGAAGAGGAUGCUGAACUCAAUAGACAGGGGAAGCCUGCUAUUAAUAAACUCAAGAAGUUGCCUCUUCUUACAGAAGUCCUCUCAAAGAAACAGCUCCAGCUAGAAUUUUUAGAUCAUGGAGUCCUAACUUUAUUGAAGAAUUGGCUUGAGCCGCUUCCUGAUGGAAGCUUGCCAAAUAUAAACAUACGCACUGCAAUUUUGAAGAUUUUGAAUGAUUUUCCUAUAGACCUAGAGCAGAUUGACAGAAGAGAACAGCUGAAGAGGAGUGGUCUUGGGAAGGUAAUUAUGUUUUUAUCAAAGUCUGAUGAAGAAAUAAAUGUAAAUAGGAAACUAACCAAGGAACUGGUUGAUAAAUGGAGCCGACCUAUAUUUAAUAAGAGUACACGGUUUGAAGACAUGCGAAAUAUUGAGGAUGAGAGGGCUCCUUUCAGGAGGCCAUCAGUAAAAAAGCCGGCAAAUAAAGCUCCAGGAAUGCAAUCUAGAGACAGUGACCUUGAUUUGGAUCUUCCACAGCCUAGAUCUGGUCAGUCCUCUUCCAGGCAACAUGCAUCAAGACCAGAAGCAACACCUAUGGAUUUUGUGAUCCGUCCCCAAUCUAAAGUUGAUCCAGAAGAAGUUAGAGCACGGGCAAAGCAAGCUUCACAUGAUCAACAGCGUAUGAAGAUGAAUAAGAAAUUGCAGCAGUUGAGGGCACCAAAAAAGAGACAGCUUCAGGCUACAAAACUGAGUGUGGAAGGUCGUGGUAUGAUCAAAUAUUUGUAGAUGGAAGGAUUUGUUCGUCCUGCAAGUUUCAAAUAAUGUGCUGCCUUUACGAGAGAAUGCAGUGAGCUCCUUCCUUGGCCUGUUUUCGGUGAUCUGAUUAUAUUUUGAUUGGUGGUGUGAUGAAAUUACUCACCCCUUUGCUGCAUUUGUUGUGUAAUAAUACAUUGCAACAGUAAAUCCAAACUUUAAGCUCUUGUGUAGUAUUUCUUCUGUUAAAUAAUCAAAGCCUCGAAUUGCAUAA